AUGAACAACAUCAACAUCUUUAUACAGGUCUACUUUGAGGAAUUUCACCCUGUGUUUCCCUUCUUACACAAGGCGACAUUCGUCCCUCGUAGAGAUGAUUGGCUACUCGCCGUCGCUGUUGCCGCUGUUGGCUGUAUCUUCUCACGGACCCUGAGAUCCGAACAGACUUUUUAUGAUCUACACGAAUUCCUGCGCCGAGCCAUCCAUCUCAGGGUGGAACGCUCUCGGACUUCGCCGCCUGAUAUUCAUGUCGCUCAAGCCACUGUCCUCAACCAGGUCGGCAUGAUGUAUUCCGGGGAGAUGAGACUUGCUGAAGCCGUGCCUACCACCAUGGCUCUUCUUGCAACCCUAUGUAAGAGGAUCUCUUUCUACGCCAAAUUCAGUGAGUUCGGAGUACCGCUAGACAGUGCAGCCCAUCCAACUCUGAUGGAUUGGGAAGACUGGCUUCGUGAAGAGAGCAAGCGGCGACUCUUCUAUUUUGCAUGGGUAGGUCUUGUUCUCGAUUGCCAGUACAGUUGCUUCUGGUCAGCUCCUGCAGUAAUGCCCAUUGAACUUCUGCAGCUGCCGAUGCCUUCUCAUGAGUCUACCUGGGAUGCAUCUUCCCGAGAAGAAUGGCAGGAGAGCUUGAGCAAAUGUAUGUGUCCCUGA